AAAUUUAAAUUAAUAAUGUCCGAUAAAAUCCCAUUGCAAUUGAAUCUAGUUACUCGAUUCAGUUUCCACUUUCCAAGAGCAAAUUCUCGAAAGGUCGGCCAUGGAUGCGAUCAUGUCUUCUUUCACUCCCGCCCGCUGGCUUUCAUUUUUCAACGAUUCUGUCGUUUUGCCUCUGCAGUCUGCAAAUGGUGGGAAAGAAGAGUAACCGCCAAUUGGAGAAUAAGGAAACCUGGUAAUAUAUGGAAACCCAGCGCCAUUGCAAUCUGUUCCCUAGGUUUCAUCGCUGCUCCUCCCACCCUCUUUUCAACAACAUUCACAAUCAAUUCCUCCGCCAAUCUGAAGUCCGUCGUCGCCAAUUUCCGAUCCACUGUUCAGAUGGGCCGGAGGCAAAGCGACGCCGAACGCGGUGUUUGCACGCUCGCGAUCCUUUUCCUGAUCGGCAUUUUCUCCUGCAUUAUGGUCUAUCGCUUCCAAACCGCGACCAUCCCAUCGAUUGCCGUCGAUGUUUCUUCUGCUGCUUCCGGUCAGCAUCGAGAGUGUUGCCGAGGCGCCGAUCAUUUGGAGCUGUGGGGAAAUGCUGUGAAAUGGGGCUCUAAUUUCAAGUUGAAUUCGUCGAGGGAGUGUUGUAUGGCUUGUAAAGCCAUGUGUGUAGGCGGGACCGGGCGGUGUUUGUGUGAUUCUUGGGUUUUCUGUGGCAAUGCAUCUGCUUGCGGACCAAGAUUUGGCGAGUGCUGGUUGAAGAAACAGGAGGAUACUCUGAGCCCUAUGCGGCAUGAAUCAGGAGAUCAUGUCAUGUGGACUUCUGGCCUCCUGUUUACAAAAACACAGGGAAUUAUUGGCUUGGAGACAGAGUAUGGGCUUUUCCGCAUUGAGCUUUUUCCUGCCUGCGCCCCGCAUUCUGUGAACUAUAUUCUCGAGCUCUUAGCAUCGAGACAAUGUUUGGAUUGCCAAUUCUACCGUGCAGAAACUCGCGGAAGCUUCUGGUUUUCGAACGGGGAUCAUGUCGAAAAUGCUCCAUAUGGUCCUCCGUUUGGUGUAAUCCAAGGAACUCUUAAAGCCCAUGGAAUCAUAUUCAACAAGAUCCCUAAAGAAGAAUGUGCAACCAUUAGAAGAGGCUCAGUUGCCUGGGUUGGUUCUGGCCCAGAAUUCUUUAUCAGCUUGGCCAACCACGACGAGUGGCGUACGCCAUACACCGUGUUCGGUUCGGUUCUGCCGGAAGACAUGAAAAUGGUGGAGAAAAUAGCAGAGCUUCCAACAAUAUCAGAGGUUUGGUAUAACAUAAACGUCUCUGUUUUGGAGAAACCUAUCCGUCUUCGAUUCGAAAGAAUGAAGACAAAGCUAUAAGACAUAGUUUUGGAGGUAGAUUUUCAAGGAGCUGAUAAUCAAAGACAUAUUUUACCCAUCUUACUUGAACAUGAUCAGAAUCUGUUCUACAAGUUGUAUUAUCGCGCGCGCAAAUAUAGAGCUUUAUGUUGGAGAUUUAAAUUUGUAUAAAGCCGAGUUUGAAUACAUUUGAUAUAUGUAAGUUUCUAAUAGGUUUUAAAACUUCAA